AAAAAAGCCAUUUUCCCAGGCAGCGGUUGCAACACCGCCGCGGAGGCUGUGCGCGGAGCUGACAGCGCGGAGCCGGCGCUGCGGAACCCGGGGAACCUCGCCGCUGCCUCCGGCUGGCGUCGGCGAGUACGGCGGCGGCCGGACCCACUCGGGUUGGAGGGCUCGCCCGGACGUGUGGAGCGAUGCUGGUGAUCCUGCAGCUCCGCAAAGAUCCCUAGGAGCCUGUUUCUCCAAGCAGCCCAGAACCUCCCGCCCCAUGGAGCCCCCGAUCCCACCGAGCGUCCCCCUGACUCCCAGCUCGGUCAUGGUGCAGCCCCUCCUCGAGGGCCGCGUGCCCCACGGCCGUCUGCAGCACCCGCUCACCAUCCUGCCCAUCGACCAGAUGAAGACCAGCCACGUGGAGAACGACUACAUCGACAACCCGGGCCUGGCUCCCCCGACGGGCCCCAAGCGGACCAGGGUGGGGGGGGCCUUGGAGCCGGCCCCGCCCCCGGCUCGCUGCGACCAGGACGUCACCCACCACUGGAUCUCCUUCAGCGGGCGCCCCAGCUCGGUGAGCAGCAGCAGCAGCACCUCGUCCGACCAGCGCCUCCUCGAUCACAUGGCUCCGCCGCCCGUGGCCGAGCAGGCCUCGCCCAGGGCCGUGAGGCUGCAGCCCAAGGCCGUGCACUGCAAGCCCCUGGACCUCAAGGGUCCGCCGGCCCUCCCUCCGGAGCUGGACAAGCACUUCCUGCUGUGCGAGGCCUGUGGGAAGUGCAAGUGCAAGGAGUGUGCGUCCCCCCGGACGUUGCCCUCCUGCUGGGUGUGCAACCAGGAGUGCCUGUGUUCUGCCCAGACCUUGGUCAACUACGGCUCGUGCAUGUGCGUGGUGCAGGGCAUCUUCUACCACUGCACCAACGAGGACGAUGAGGGCUCUUGCGCCGACCACCCGUGCUCCUGCUCCCGCUCCAACUGCUGCGCCCGCUGGUCCUUCAUGGGCGCCCUCUCCGUGGUGCUGCCCUGCCUGCUCUGCUAUCUCCCGGCCACGGGCUGCGUGAAGCUGGCCCAGCGCGGCUACGACCGCCUGCGCCGCCCCGGCUGCCGCUGCAAGCACACCAACAGCGUCAUCUGCAAGACGGCCAGCGGGGAGGCCGUGGCCGGCAGGCCCGACAAGCCUUUCUGACACCGCGGCUCGACGCCCCAGCGCUGCCCCUGGAAAUGGGGGGGGGGGGUCCCUCUUGCCGGCCUCCCGAGGCUGACCCUGCUCGCCUGGUCCUCCUCCCUCGGCUGGGAAGACGCGGGCAGAGACCACAUCAC